GACUUGGUUGCAGCGGCAAAAGCAAGUGAGCUAGCGGAAGGCUUGCAACUAUUAUCGAUCCGUGAUCGAUCCUGGCAAAUACAAGCAUGUUCGGCUAUUACCGGUGAAGGUAUCAAGGUACCGUUUCUGAUGUUCUCACUUUUACGACUAGUGAUCCUCGAGUGA